CGCAAGAAAAAAAUCCAUUCUGCGCAAACCGCGAAUUCUGCAGUGCCCGGUGGGAUCUAAGGGAGAAGGGGGGUUGCUUCAAGCGAUGCCCCGGAGGAAGAGGAAUGCUGGAAGCAGUUCGGAUGGGACAGAAGAUUCAGAUUUCUCUACAGACAUGGAACACACAGACAGCUCAGAGAGUGACGGCAACUCCCGGGGUCCUGCUCGAGUCACUCGAUCCACUGCAAGACUCAGUCAGAGCUCUCAGGAUUCCAGCCCAGUGGGCAAUCUGCAGUCGUUUGGUGCAGAGGAGCCGGGCUACUCCACUCGGAGGGUGACCCGCAGCCAGCAGCAGCCCACCCCCGUGACUCCGAAAAAGUACCCACUCCGACAGACCCGCUCAUCGGGAUCAGAAACUGAGCAGGUGGCGGACUUUUGUGACAGAGAUGCCAAAAUCACGGGGGAUCACGACGAGUCGCCUCCUCGCACUCCAACAGGGAAUGCCCCGUCUUCUGAGUCUGACAUUGACAUUUCCAGCCCCAACGUGUCUCACGACGAGAGCGUUGCCAAGGACAUGUCCCUCAAGGACUCUGAAAGUGACCUCUCCCACAGGCCUAAACGCAGACGCUUUCACGAGAGCUACAACUUUAACAUGAAGUGCCCCACUCCCGGAUGCAACUCAUUGGGUCACCUGACUGGGAAACAUGAGAGGCACUUCUCCAUUUCGGGGUGCCCUCUGUACCACAACCUGUCUGCAGAUGAAUGCAAGAAUUGUGAUGAAUUUCAGGUAAGAGCACAGAGCCGAGAUAAGCAGGUGGAUGAGCGGAUGCUUUCACAUAGACAGGAUGAAAAUAACAGGCAUUCUACCAGACACCAGGCUCCCACAGAACGUCAGCUGAGGUACAAGGAAAAGGUCACCGAGCUGAGAAAAAAGCGCAACUCUGGCCUGACUAAGGAGCAGAAAGAGAAGUACAUGGAGCACAGACAGACCCAUGGAGACACAAGGGAACCUCUCUUAGAAAACUUGACCAGCGAGUAUGACCUGGAGCUAUUUCGAAGGGCUCAAGCCAGAGCGUCCGAUGACCUGGAGAAGCUGAGACUUCAGGGCCAGAUCACGGAAGGAAGCAACAUGAUUAAAACGAUCCUCUUUGGUCGGUAUGAACUAGACACGUGGUAUCACUCUCCUUACCCCGAGGAGUACGCCCGUCUGGGACGACUGUACAUGUGCGAAUUCUGCCUGAAGUACAUGAAGAGCCAGACGAUCCUCCGCAGACACAUGGCUAAAUGUGUUUGGAAGCAUCCCCCAGGCGACGAGAUCUACCGUAAAAGCUCCAUCUCUGUCUUUGAGGUCGACGGAAAAAAGAAUAAGAUAUACUGCCAGAAUCUGUGCCUUCUCGCUAAACUGUUCCUGGACCAUAAAACACUCUACUACGACGUGGAACCAUUCCUCUUCUACGUCAUGACUGAGGCAGACAACGCUGGCUGUCACCUCAUCGGCUACUUUUCCAAGGAGAAGAACUCGUUCCUGAACUACAAUGUGUCUUGUAUCCUGACAAUGCCACAGUACAUGAGACAGGGUUAUGGCAAGAUGCUCAUAGACUUCAGUUACCUGCUGUCUAAGGUGGAAGACAAAGUGGGCUCACCAGAGCGCCCUCUCUCAGACCUGGGUCUCAUCAGCUACCGCAGCUACUGGAAAGAAGUGCUGCUCCGCUACUUGCACAAUUUUCAAGGCAAAGAGAUUUCCAUCAAAGAGAUCAGCCAGGAGACGGCGGUGAAUCCGGUGGAUAUAGUCAGCACGUUGCAGGCCCUACAGAUGCUCAAGUACUGGAAGGGGAAGCACUUGGUGUUAAAGAGACAGGAUCUGAUCGAUGAAUGGGCAUCCAAGGACGCCAAGAGAACCAACAGCAAUAAAGCAAUGGACCCCGGCUGUCUAAAAUGGACGCCUCCUAAAGGAACUUAAAUCCAUUGUUGCCAUGCCACUCUCCCCUUGGUUACCAUUCUCCCGUCUGUUACUUGUGCACACUCUCUAGGGACGGACGGAAGAUCCACUGUUACUCGCUGCAUCGUAAGCAUUUGUGUAUCACGUAGGGGCAUUGCUCUGUCGUUUCCCUGCUUAUCAUAUUGGUAAUUUGCUCCACAUUGGAUGCCUUCCACUUCUCCUUAUACUCCAGCAUCACCCCACGCUGGCAUAGCAACUUACUUUACACCUCUGCCGCCCUUGUUGCCAACGGUAACUGCUCUGUGUGUGACUUUAGGGUCAGGGCACGUUUAGAUUCCGGGCCAGCGACAAAUCUCCUCUUCAUUGGGGCAACUAAUCUCCCCAAACUGCCUCCCGUCGGCUAGAAUGUAAAUCGCCGUGGGAUGGCACUCGGAGCACUUCCUUUUCUGAAUUACUUUGGGCGACUUCGGAAAACGAAGUGAAACCUCAGGCGACUUUGGAAAACGAAGUGAAACUUCAGGCGACUUUGGAAAACGAAGUGAAACUUCAGGCGACUUUGGAAAACGAAGUGAAACUUCAGGCGACUUUGGAAAACGAAGUGAAACUUCAGGCGACUUUGGAAAACGAAGUGAAACUUCAGGCGACUUUGGAAAACGAAAUGAAACUUCAGGCGACUUUGGAAAACGAAGUGAAACUUCAGGCGACUUUGGAAAACGAAGAGAAACUUCAGGCGACUUUGGAAAACGAAGUGAAACUUCAGGCGACUUUGGAAAAACGAAAUGAAACUUCAGGCGACUUUGGAAAACGAAGUGAAACUUCAGGCGACUUUGGAAAACGAAGUGAAACUUCAGGCGACUUUGGAAAACGAAGUGAAACUUCAGGCGGCUUUGGAAAACGAAGUGAAACUUCAGGCGACUUUGGAAAACGAAGUGAAACCUCAGGCGACUUUGGAAAACGAAGAGAAACUUCAGGCGACUUUGGAAAACGAAGUGAAACCUCAGGCGACUUUGGAAAACGAAGUGAAACUUCAGGCGACUUUGGAAAACGAAGUGAAACUUCAGGCGACUUUGGAAAACGAAGCGCUCCGAGUGCCAUCCCACUGAUGACUUGCGUUCUAGCCGACGGGAGGCAGUUCGGGGACAUUAGUCGCCCGAAGAGGAGGAGAUUUGUUGCCGGGCCCAAAUCUGAGCGUGACUCUGUCCUAAGGGAAACUUGUAUUAAAGGGGUUGUUCACCUUCCAACACUUUUUUUUCAGUUCAGUUGGUUUCAGACAAUUCACCAGAAAGAAAGACUUUUUCCAAUUACUUUCUAUUUUCUGUGUGUCACUGUUUUUGUAAUAUUGAAGUGUAAAGUUUCAUUUUUCACCUUAAAGCAGCUCUGGGAAGGAGGUCGUCGACCCUGUAAACUGAUCUAAAUUGAUACAUUUAGUUGAUCCAUUUCUUAUCUUUGUCCCUGCUGAGCAGAAUCACUGAGUUUCAUUACAGGCAGCUGUUAGACUUGAUACAAUAGUUACUGAUACUCCUGAGAUGCUGCUGAGAAAUGUAGAACAGUUUACAGGGUCGGCGACCCACCUCCCAGAGCCGCUUGUAAACAGUUCAGAAUCUGCACCUGAAUUACUGAGCUGCCAGACUGAAACACCAGAGACACCAACAUUCAACUUUACACUUAGAUUUUGAAAAAAAACAAUAAAAAAUAAAUAAUGGAAAGUAAUUGAAAAAACCUCUUAAUUUCCGACAGUGAAAACGAUAGAACUGAAAAAGUUUGGAAGGCGAACAACCCCCUUUAAAGGGAUUCUGUCGUGGUUUUAAUCGUUUUAUUACUAAUAAGUUACACAGAGUACAUUGCAAAUAGUUAUACCGAGAGAUGGGGGGUAGGGAGGUAAGAAAAUGGCCAGUCUUGUUCACUGUUAAAUGGAAACUGUUUUCCCACAGCAGAAUCCCUUUAAAUCUCUUAUCUGGGGGGGGCACAGCACUCUUUGGUUUAACCCUUUUACUUCCGGAUAGUAAAUGCACAAAUGCUUCUGGUUGUAAGAGUUUUGUUGUACAGCUGCACCGUGGAUUAUUUUUGUUUUUUAUUUUCUUUUGUUAUUUGUCUGACCUCUUGCAAAUCUAUUAAACAGGGGUGAUGUUUCUAACCUGAAA